AUGCCCGCAAAAAUCUCCACAAUGUGUUACAUUCAUGAAUUCACUGAACGACUUACUCUGGAGUUUACGGUAAAUGAAAUUAUGGCUGUUGCAAGAUUGAAUGAUGAUGAUCCGACAAAAAUUUUAUAUUUGAGAGUUAAUGCAAUGUCCGUUAAGUUGAUUGAUAAUAUGGAAUUCGAUGAUAUACCUGCGAUUGGGUUAAAUGUCAUGAUUAUGGGACUAACCACCAAGACAGUCAGAAAUAUUGAUAAUCAAUCAAUUAUUGAUUUCUAUAUAGAGGAAAACUUAGGAGAUUGGGAACCGAGAGAAUUUUGGGUUGAGGUUCGUCAUAAUGUGAACCUCAGAUAUCUCACUAACAAGACUAAUUCUAUAAAUCAAAGCAUGCGAUCUACUACUGCUUUGAUUAUGGGUACGCUAACCUAUCAGAUGCCGGUGCUCACCUUUUUUCUUGAAUGUUCUGAUUUUAACUUAUACACACCUGUUUAG